AUGGUUGCACAUGCGCAGGCUGAGCCGGGCCGUAGAAACGAGAUUAUCAAGUCUAUACUACGGCUUACCCGACUGGCACACAGCAUGAUCCAGGACAGCUAUCAGGGAUACCUAUCACAUGGGGGCGAUCACUUUGAUCCACUCAAGUUUGGGCUAGCCCGGGCUCAUGAGCUUUCCACCACACUUCAGUGGCUCCAUGAGAAUGUCACUGAGGAGGACCAACCAGUUAUCUGGGAGACGAUGGAUUUGUUGUGGACGGGGGCAAAGAUUGGGGUGUUUCCUGCCUCGGCGUCCAUUAAACUUCAGGAUAAUUUUCAGCACGGAAUAAACGUGGCCCAAGGACUGCGGUAUAUGGCGCAGAAAUACCGGAUGAACCACGAUGAACAGCUCGCCCGACAAACGCGCGAGGCUGUAGACAUGGCCAUUCAGUACCAUGGUACCCCGUCCGGCUCUAUAACGAGCGACGAAUUUCUUGGGGGCUUAAGUCCAGAGCGAGGUACAGAGUUGUGCAUGGCUGUGGAGUUGAUGUUUUCUCUCUCCUGGCUGCAUCGUCUCUUCGGUGACAACGACUACGCUGAUCGCACAGAGCUGGCAGCUUUCAAUGCCCGACCUGGGGGCAUUUCACCGGACUGGUGGACCCAUCAGUAUGUUACUCAGUCCAACCAACCGUGGAUCAAGCGACUGAAUGGUCGACCUUUCUGUGAUGUGAGCCCGUACGGUAACAUAUUAGGGCUAGAGCCAGACUAUCCAUGCUGCCUGGUGAAUCACCAUCAGGGUCUCCCAAAGCUAAUCUGCUCUGCCUUUGUUCAAAAAGGCAGUAACGGGCUGAUCCAUCGCUUUCUCAUUCCUGCCGAGAUCUCCACAGAGCUCGAUAGGAGUCAUGUUUCCAUCAUGGCCGACACUCACUAUCCGUUUGAAAUUCGGAUUGUAAAUAGACCAUCAUCCUCCGCUGUCUCUAUCUACUGGGGUUCAUUGCUCUACGCCCUUGAUAUCGAAUACACCGAAACCAGCACGCCCUCAACACACUGGAAAAAGAACGUGGAUCCUCUGCCGGAAGAUCCAAGAUAUCCUCAGCUUCGCGAUCGUACGCUCGACCCCGCGGAAGGGGCUGAGUGGCGAGUAGCUAUCGAUCCCUCUCAAAUCGCCAUCCAUUGGUCUAGCCAGGAUACAGAUCCAGCUAGUCCGCUCCCUAGCCCUAUCUAUGCCCAAGGCGCUCCGCCAAUGGUUCUCUUGAUUGCGGCAAUCCGUAUUGCAUGGCCAGUGAGGAAUGGGGCUGCGCAUGGUGUCCCCAAAGAAAUCAUUACUGAGAGUGAGCCGUUCGUGGCGGGGUUUGUUCUUUUUGCUAGUACUCCACUCCAUAUGGCGGAGUUGCCCACCAUCUCUUUAGACAAGUUGAACCUUUCUGGGCAUUCACCUUGA